AGUGGAGCGGAUCGCUAUCAACGCGUAGGCAGGAGUGUGGGAGGUCGUCGAGCGCAUUGAUGUUUACAGAGGUAUCCCCGCAUGCGACAGGACAUCUUGAACUUGGAAGUGUCUUGUCCUUUAGCAAUUGAACCGAUCAUGUCGAAGCUAUCGGAUCAGGUCGUGCUCGUGACUGGCUCAAGCCGAGGUCUUGGUCUGGCUACAGCCCGUGCUUUCCAGGCAGAAGGCGCUCGAGUUGUGCUCAAUUGUCGCGGGAAGGACUCGCUCCCGAAAACGGAGGCAAUCGCAAAAGAGCUUGGCGGCAUCGCGAUUGCAGCCGACGUCACGGACAAAGAGCAAGUGGCUGCACUGUUUGACCAGGCCGCAUCACAUUUCGGGCAGCCCAUAAGCGUCGUGGUCAACAACGCCCUGGCAGACUACCAGUUCAAUGGCGAUGGCAGGAAAAAGUUGGACUCAAUUGAGUGGGAAGAUUUCGACAAGCAGAUUCGAGUCGCCGUGCAAGGGGCCCUGAACACUACGAAGGCCGCUAUAUCUGGUUUCGAGAAGCUCGGCCGCGGUCGCAUCAUCAACAUCGGCAGUAAUCUGGUGCAGAACCCAGUGGUGCCAUACCAGGAUUACUGCGCAGCCAAGGGUGCGCUCCUGGCUUUCACUCGUUCGAUGGCAGCGGAGCUCGGCCCCAAGAAUAUCACAGUCAAUUUAGUGGCUGGAGGUUUACUAAAGGGAACUGAUGCUAGCAGCGCCACGCCAAAAGCAGUGUUCGACCAGAUCGCCGCCGUAACACCUCUACGAAAGGUUACAAGUACGCAUGAUCUGGCUGGCGCGGUCUUAUUCUUCGCAAGUCCUUGGGCGAGUGCAAUCACUGGCCAGCAAGUCAUUGUGGACGGCGGUCUUGUCAUGUCCUAGAACCGGAAUGCCGCAGGUUUCAGGUGAAGAGUUGUGAAUUUCUACCUCGAAGAUGUUUCAUGGAGUACUGAGGGCGUAAAGUGCCAUCAUGCACUACUUAAUCGCACAAGGGAGCGAGGAAAUGUGCACUGGUAGUGGCUCUUAAAAUGACGAAAAGAAUUCCAUUGGGUAUUCCAAAACUAAUCAAUAUACCGAAGGAUAUGUUGAUUGCAAACCCUCUACUUCGUACCAUAUAAGGCCUCAAGCGUUCGAGGUGGCUAGCUUAAGCCUCAAGCGCAAGGACAUACCACGCCGAAAAUUGGUUGGUAUUUUGCGCAUGAGGCGGUACUGCCAACCUGUUUGGAACGGUGGUCCAAGCUCUUAGAACUCUGAAGACGUAGGAUCGAUCAUGCGGAUGCUGCAAGAUUCCGAAGUAGUGUUGUACCUAUGCCGGGCUCAGCAGGCCAAAACCACCCCCGAAAGAAUUCUCUGCGCCGUUUCUG